AGACUACCUAGGUAGUCUACAUACGUCAGUACAAAAAACCCUGCCCACCUCCCCCGCAAAACCGGGUUGGUAAUAUCGCCCGUACCCAUCUAUAGUAAUACUAUAGCAAUAUGGCAUCUCCCGUGUACACAUGGACACACCUCUCCGGGCACGCUCCAAAAACCCUGGGAACGCGGAACCCCGCCGCGCCAAACACAGCAGCGAUCGUCGGCGUCAUCUGCAUAGCACUGCAGACAGACUGCAGCGAGACACAAGAUAUCGGACCGGCUCGGCUCGACUUACCUCCAAAAGCAAGAUCAGCAGCAUGCCAUGGCACGUACAGAGUGUUGCAUCUUUUCACGUCCGAAUGAACACCCCCUUGCACUUCCUCUGUACUGCUGUUUUCCACAUCUAAUUUAAACAGCUAGCAGGGCAGCAAUAUAGGAG